UAAAUCACCCUCCAGUUUGGGGUGUUGCCAUCUCAUUCAUCUAGAAACCUCCAUCGUCACAAGAAGCACUGGCUUAUUUCCUUUAACGCAUCUACUUAACUUCAUAAACAUGUCUUACUGUAAAGUUCUCCCCGCUGUGGCCAGAGUGAGGCCGGCUCGUGUGUUUGGCGCGAGGCUUCGCUCCUCAGCAGCAGCAUCCACGCAGCACAAAGAGCAGAAGAGCGAAGAAGCGCCGCUGGCUCCGUCCUGCACGGUGCUGGAGAAACCCUGCGAGGUGGACCUCAUCCGUCGCAAAGCGCACACGGAGCGCCUGAGGAUCUCCAUCGACUUCGACAACACACAAGAAGCCUACAAGAGCAAAGACACGCUGGAGCUCCUCAGAAGUCUGCUGGUCUUCAAACUCUGCACCUUUGACUUCCUGGUUGACAAAAAUAAAGAGUUGACGGACCUCAGUAGGAAGGUUUUUGGUCAGCAGCUCUUCGAGAAACUGAUGAAAAUGACCUUCUACGGCCAGUUUGUGGCAGGCGAGGACCAGAACGCCAUCAAACCUCUGAUCGAGAAGAACCAGGCGUUUGGUGUGGGUUCGGUGCUGGACUACAGCGUGGAGGAGGACCUGACUCAAGAAGAGGCUGAGAAGAAGGAGAUGGACUCCUGUGUUUCUGAGGCUGAGAAAGAGAGUCAUGUGGACACCAGUGCACGCUUGCUUCAGGACAAUGAGUGUAUGGAUCAUCGUGAGAAGAAGUACAAAGCUCAUCGUCAGUUCGGAGAUCGGCGCGGAGGAGUGAUCAGCGCUCGCACGUAUUUCUACGCAGACGAGGCCAAGUGUGACCAUCACAUGGAGACCUUCAUCAACUGCAUCAAAGCUUCCGCUGGAAGCUCUGUGGAUGGGUUCUCGGCUAUUAAGAUGACGGCACUGGGCCGGCCGCAGUUCCUGCUGCAGUUCUCCGAGGUCCUGGUGAAGUGGAGGAGGUUCUUCAAUCUGCUGGCGUCUCAUCAGGGGAAGGAGGGCAUGGCGAUACUGGAGCAGAAGCUGGAGCUGGAACAGCUGCAGGACAGUUUGAUCAAGCUGGGAGUUGGUGCAAAAUCAGACAUUGAGAACUGGUUUACUGGAGAGAAACUGGGUUCAUCAGGAACCAUUGAUCUGUUGGACUGGAACAGCCUCAUCAAUGACACAACCAAGAUCUCCAACCUGCUGGUGGUGCCCAACAUGGAGAGCGGUCACCUGGAGCCUCUGUUGAGCAAAUUCACUGAUGAAGAGGAGAAACAGAUGAAGAGGAUGCUACAGAGAAUGGACGUCCUCGCCAAGCACGCUGUGGAGAACGGCGUGAGGCUGAUGGUGGACGCAGAACAGACGUAUUUCCAGCCGGCCAUCAGCAGACUCACGCUGGAGAUGCAGAGGAUCUUCAACAGAGAAAAACCAAACAUCUUCAACACCUACCAGUGCUACCUGAGAGAGGCGUAUGAUAACGUGUCGGUGGAUGUGGAGCUGUCGCGGCGGGAGGGCUGGUACUUCGGUGCCAAGCUGGUCAGAGGAGCGUACAUGUAUCAGGAGAGAUCUCGCGCGGCAGAGAUCGGUUAUGAAGAUCCCAUCAACCCUGACUAUGAGGCCACCAACAGGAUGUACCACAAGUGUCUGGAGUACAUUCUGGAGGAGAUCAACCACAACAGGAUGGCAAACGUCAUGGUGGCGUCUCACAACGAGGACACGGUCAAAUUCACGCUGGAAAAAAUGAACGAGAUGAGUCUCUCUCCCACCGAGAAUAAGGUUUACUUUGGACAGCUGCUGGGGAUGUGUGAUCAGAUCAGCUUCCCGUUGGGUCAGGCGGGAUUCCCAGUGUACAAGUAUGUGCCGUACGGCCCGGUGAACGAGGUCAUCCCGUACCUGUCUCGCCGAGCGCAGGAGAACCGCGGCUUCAUGAAGGGAUCGCAGCGAGAGCGCAGCCUGCUGUGGAAGGAGCUCAAGCGCAGACUCUUCAGUGGACAACUGCUCUACAAACCUGUCUACUAAACCACAGCAUCAACAUCAGCUGACCUCCUUCUCUACCGCAGAGCAGUACCAUGUUAGUGAGGGAAAAUCAGCACAGGAUGGACUUUUUAUAGGUUUUAUAGAUUGCCAUCAGUGGCUGUAAAUUAAACUGGAGUUAAAGACAGUAUGAAAUUGCAUUUGCAAUGCCUUUAACUUCUGCAAUGUGACGUGAAACAGAAAGUGAAACAAUGGAACUUUAUCUGAUGAAAAGCAAACCUUUAGAAAUGCGUUGUUUUUGUAGAUAGAUAGUUGUUGUUUUUUUAAUGAAAAACAGACAUUUCAAAAUAUUUUUUCUUAUUUUAUUGAUCCCACACAUCCCAUUUUUCAGUUUAAUAUGUUUUAUUUUAUACAACACAACUCAUAAUCUAAUGAAACGCACAAAUUGAAAUUAUUAUUAUUUUUAAAUUCCACAAAACCCAUUAUCUGGUUAAAAAAAUUAUUGUUAUUUUUUUAUUAUUGUAUUUUUCCCAUCCUACCCAUUAUCUGAUUUAAUAUAAAUGAUAUUUUAUACCGCAAAACCCAUUAUCCAAUGAAAAGCAAACAAUUUGUAAAAUAUAUCAUUUGUAUUUAUUUUCUAAUUAUUAAUCCCACAUUGUCCAAUGAAAGGCAAAAAGAUAGAAAAACAUUGUUUAAAUAUAUUUGUAUUUUAUAUCGAUAACAUAAUUUAUUAUGUGAUGAAUAGCCUUUUUUUAACGUUUAUUUUAUUUUUGUAUUUCAUUCCACUACAAACCGUCUGAUGAAAAGCAAACAUUUGAAAAUAUAUAUUGAAUGUUUUAUUUUAUUAAACCGAAAGUGAAAUGAACUUCAGUAGGAAAUAUUACAGGACAGGGGCCAGUUGCGUAAACUUAUUAAGACUAGUCUGACAGACUAUCAGUUAGCCAAGUGUAAUCAGUCGUACUUUUUGUAUUCAAUGUAGACGUAGCUAUGUUUUUAUGUAACUACAUUAAAAACAUAUGACCAGUCUUGAUCCAAACAGCCCCAGGACAUUAAUUGGGUGAGACAUGUCAAGUUAUGAUGUAAACUUUAGUUGCAUGAACAGAACUGAUAAGUGAUGUUAGACAUGGACGAGUUAUUAAGACUGUAAAUGGACUGAUUUCAUGUUGUCUUUAAAUCCGCUGUGAAUCAUUCCCCUGUGUCUUGAUCUCACUGCUUCUGUUUGGAACAGCACACUAUCAGACCACUCGUAUUAUGUACCACUGAACCAGUAUCAGCUAAAACAUCUGUAUUCAUUUCAAAGAUCCCAUGCAGCACAGUAAGAUCAUGUAACAGUAAUGUAACACAGUACUUGUUAAAACUCAUUGCAUACCGUUUUAGGUCUGACCUGAUUAUUUCUGACAUACAUGGACAAUGCACAGUUUUUUUUUUUAAAUGUUUUGUAUUUUUUUGAUCAUGCAAUUUUAAAUGUCUAUUAUCAGAUGAGUUUUAGCACUGGCUGUUCUGUUAACGUUUUUGUUUGUUUUUCUUGCUGCUUUUAAAUGUACUUUGCAUUUGGAAAUGAGUUUGGAUGAAGUGUGCGUGUGAAUCUUUCAGCUCUUUGAAAUAUCUACUGCUCUUUUUUUUUUAAUGUAAAUAAUGAAAUGUGAUAAAUAUAUACGAUAUAGCAACAACAGCUCUCCGUUCUCACGCCCAGGUGAUUCUAGACACUUUUGCACUGUUUCUAACUGAAUGAAAUGAAAAUGUAUGGCUGUACGUAAACGCAUCAAAUGUAACAAUUAUUACAAAUAUUGACUUAUUUGUUGGAGUUUGUCAUUUUGAUGUAUAGUUAUGUCAUCAACUGUCAAAAAUGUUAUUUUACAAAUGCAUGCAUAAUGAAUAACCAGGUCUCCCAUGCAUGGAGAGAAAGGAGUUUUCUAUUAAAAACUAGUCAUUUAAAAA